AUGGAGCUCCAAAUCCCCUCCUUAUUCCCAAUUCUUUUCACUUUCUUUGUCUUUAUGUUCAUGGUUGUGAAGAUAUUCAAACAAGUGAAAACCGUAAAGCAAACUUCGAAACUGCCCCCAGGGCCCUGGAAGCUUCCCAUAAUAGGAAAUCUGCACCAACUUGUAAGCUCUUUGCCGCAUCGUGCAUUUACAGACUUGGCCAAGAAACAUGGACCAUUGAUGUACCUAAGGCUCGGACAAGUUCCGACCAUAGUAGUUUCGUCGCCGGAGUUUGCCAAGGAGGUAAUGACAACCCAUGAUGUUAUCUUUUCCUCUAGGCCCAGCCUUGUUGCCACAGAGAUAUUGUCCUAUAAUUCUACUAACAUUGCCUUUGCACCAUAUGGCAAAUAUUGGAGACAACUUCGAAAAAUUUGCAGACAAGAGCUUUUGAGCGCCGAGAGGGUUCAAUCUUACCAACCGGUUAGAGAAGAGGUGCUGUCCAAUCUCAUUAAAUGGAUUGCCUCCCAUGUUGGAUCUCCUAUCAAUCUUACUGAGAGAAUAUAUUGGGCUACAUUUAGUAUCGUGUCAAGGGCAGCCUUUGGUAAGAAGAGCAAAUUAGACCAGGAGAAGUUCAUAAGGGUUGUGAAGGAAGCCAUAAAGGUUGCAGCAGGUUUUGAAGUCGCCGAUUUGUUUCCUUCCGUCAAGAUUCCUCGUCGGUUUACUGGUUCGAGGCUUAAACUUGAGAGGCUGCAUCAAGAGGCUGAUAGGAUGAUGGAAAACAUCAUCAAUGAACAUAAAGUGGACAAAGAUGAAGCAAAAAGUGGCCAUCUUGAGAAAGAAGAAGUUUUGGUAGAUGUUCUUCUAAGAUUUCAUAGCUGCGGUGAGACCGGUUUUUCCCUAACAACCAACAACAUUAAAGCAGUAAUCUGGGACAUCUUCGCAGCUGGGAGUGACACAUCAUCCGUAGCAGUAGACUGGGCUAUGGUAGUAAUGAUAAAGAAUCCAAGAGUGAUGAAAAAGGCACAGGAAGAGGUGAGAGAAGUCUUUAGUAGAAAAGGGUCGGUCGACGAAAUAAGCAUUAGUGAGAUGACAUAUUUAAAAUGUAUUGUCAAAGAGAUUCUGAGACUACACCCUCCUGCUCCUUUGCUAGUUCCAAGGGAAUGCAGAGAGAAGUGUGAGAUUAAUGGUUUUGAGAUACCAGAGAAAACCAGGGUCAUAAUUAAUGCCUCGGCAAUAGGAAGAGAUCCGAGAUAUUGGACCGAACCCGAGAGUUUUAUACCAGAGAGGUUUUUGGAUAGUUCUAUUGACUUCAAAGGAACAAAUUUUGAGUUUAUCCCAUUUGGGGCCGGAAGGAGAAUAUGCCCGGGCAUGUCCUUCGGUGUUAUCAAUGUUGAGCUUCCUCUUGCAUUGUUGUUGUACCAUUUCGAUUGGAAACUCCCCAGCGGAAUGAAGCCUGAAGACAUGAACAUGACCGAGGCCUUUGGUGCAACUGUUAGAAGAAGAGAUGAUUUGCAAUUGGUUCCCAUUGCUUAUCAUCCUUCGCCUAGUGAAAAAAUUGCACAGGAGAAAUUGUCUAAUUAA